AUGGCUACCGGUAUUGCUUUAGUAGGCAGCGGCAUCUUCGCCAAAGAAGAACAUCUACCUGCCAUUCAAGCAACACAGCUCCUCAGCCUGAAAGCAGUCUAUUCUCGCUCUCUCAGGUCCGCAAAGUCGCUGUCUGAACAUCUCUCAGACGUCGAUCUGUACAGCGAAGACUCGGAAGGCAAGACAUAUGACGACCUGCUGAAGCGAGACGACAUCAGAGGCGUAAUUAUUGCCCUCCCCAUCCUCGCUCAGCCAGAAUACAUCAAGAAAGCUCUUGCAGCAGGCAAGCACGUGCUUGCGGAAAAGCCAAUCGCGAAAGAUGUUCAGACUGCGAAAGAGCUGAUCGCCUGGACGUCGGAUUCCGCCAACACAAAUGCCACGUACUCUGUCGCCGAGAACUUCCGCUACCAGGACUCGUUUCUCUAUGCCAGUGAGCAGCUCGCCUCGCUGGGCCGUGUCCUAACCUUCCGCUCGCGUGUCAGCCUCUUCGUUGCACCGGGCGGCAAGUACUUCGAGACGCCGUGGAGGAAAGUGCCAGAGUACCAGGGUGGGUUCCUAUUGGAUGGUGGUGUGCACUUUGUUGCUGGGACCAGGCUGCUUCUUGAGGGUGGAGGCGAGAAAGUGAAGAAGCUCAGUGCAUUCACAGCGCAACUGCAAGAACACCUACCCCCCGUCGACACUCUGCACGCCACCCUCCAGCUCGGCUCCGGAGCGUCGGGUACACUGAGCGUGUCCUUUGGAACGACGGACAGCGGCAGCGAGUACCUGGUUGCGAGCGAGAAGGGAACUGUCACUGUGACGCGGGGCAGGGUCGUAGUCCGCCGAGACGGCAAGGACGAAGCCAAGGAGUUCCCCGAGGAGGGAAGCGGCGUGAAGCAGGAAGUCAAGGCGUGGGCUGAGGGUCUCACACAAGGGAAACCAAACGCGAGGCAGAGCCCCGAGGAGGCGCUCGCUGAUCUCCACAUCUUGGAGGCGGCAUUGAGGAGUGGCGAGCAGGGUGGCAAGCCGAUCGAGGUGUAG